AUGCUUAAAUUUGCCCCACCUAACCCUACCCUAUCUUCAUCCUAUGCAAAUUAUGAGGGCCCUACCAUCAAAAUUGAUGAGUCGGCUGCUCAAUUAAGUAACACAGCUUCCGCAGGCAUAGGCAUGUUCAAUGAUUUGAGUUCAUCUGACAGUAUCUAUCUCUCUAACUUGACGCAAAGUCAGAGUCACUACUCUCAUUGCAACAAUUCCCUAGGUGUUGACAUGCAGCAGAAGCCAUUCAGGCGAAGAAAACCACCAACGUCACUGGAUACCAGAUUGAACGCCAUCGGUCCGGUUAGCACGGCAAGGGAGGGGCCCCCUGUUGCUUCACCGCCUGGCUCAGUUGUGCUAGCAGCAGAUGGUGUGACUGCCAUUGAAAGUAGACCCAGUAAGCAUGUACUCCUCACCAGCCCCAACGAUUCAGUUAGCGAGACCAACAGUGUCGCCAGUAGCGUCAGAUGUUACAAAGACGACGACAGUAUUACUGCCCUCCAAAGCGAACUCUUCGACACUGUGCCUCUUUUACUUCAAGACACCCCCCUUACUGAUUCAGUAGCACCAUCUCCCCCCAAUAAGUCAUCGAGGACCUAUCAGCCACCACUAUCAGCUAAGUCAGGCCAGAAAAUCAGCUUCGCAGGCUCAUUUAUGGCCAUGUUUGGCGAUAAAUCCAAGGCCGAUACGAGACCAGCGCCUCCGGCCUCCCUUAACAACACCACUGUUGCAAUACCAAUAGGAUCAGCAACCCAUCAGUUUCUCCCGCGUUCGAAAUCUGCAAUUCAGUUCACUACCAGUGAAAGUGUCCAGGAAAAUGUUCAGCAGCCCACUUACCCUAGGAAGGCGACACUGUCCAGAAAAAAGUCUAUUCCUGCACUUGCGCCUGGCCAAGGUAUUAAGUGGGAUACUGCCGCCAUAACAGCAGAGCUCGCAGAUAUCAGCUCAGGGUUUUUGCACAAUGCCAUAACAACAAGCAUGCAUGCAAUGGGAGUAGAGAACCGCCAGGAGCUUGUGGCUUUACAGAACACUGUAGAUGCACAGGCCAAGUUAAUCACUGAGCUUAUGGCCCGCAUUAAGGCUCUCGAAGCAAAACAAAAUGUCAGUGCAGAAAAGAUUGCAAAGAUGAACAAAACGGUUAACGUAUUUAACCCGGAACUAGUGCUGCGUGUAAUCAAGUAUCAAAAGGAGCUAGACGGCACGCUCAAGGUCAUUACCAAGAAGCAAGAGAUCCUGGCUGAGGACAAUCCGCGGAGAUUGCAUGAUCUCAGAGAACUGGUUGCAGACUUGCCCACCAUUCUUGCUCGCCUGACAACCCUAGAGAAAGAGCUCCUAGCCAACAAAGAUAUGGUCGAGAAGCUGAAACAGGAGAUUUUAAAGUAA